UAGUAAACAGGCACGAGGGCGCAUGCGCACUUAUUCAAUGACAAUUGUUGAUAAUCAGCUGGAGUUAUUUUUUUGCAUUUGGUGAAAUAUUGAGCACGAGCCCCUGGCAGCGGGGCCUGCUGUACAGCGUACUCACAUUAGCUUUCGCUUUUACAUGAAGGGCUAAUGGAAGACGCAAGGGAUUUGGCCGAACGCACUUCACGGUCUGAAAGAAAGAGAAGAGACUCAUUUGGCAUGUUUGACGGCUAUGAGAGCAGCGAGGAGUCGAGCAGCAGCUCCAGCACAGAGGACAGCGAGGAUGAGGAGCGCAGUCUUCCUGCCGGUCUGCCCAUCAUCAAGAACAACGGGCAGGUGUACACCUAUCCUGAUGGAAAAGCUGGCAUGGCCACUUGUGAAAUGUGUGGAAUGGUCGGGGUCCGCGAUGCUUUUUACUCCAAAACAAAGAGGUUCUGCAGCGUGUCCUGCUCCAGAAGUUAUUCCUCCAACUCGAAAAAAGCCAGCAUACUGGCCAGACUUCAGGGGAAACCACCAACAAAAAAAGCGAAGGUCUUACAGAAACAGCCUCUCAUGGCAAAAUUGGCAGCUUAUGCACAGUAUCAAUCGAAUCAGCAGAGUCCUGCUAAAUCAAAAUCAGCUAUUCCUGUCGAGGGCUUCGACUGGGGUCAAUACAUUUGUAGCAAUAACAUGAUGGGAGCACCAGUAAGCUGUUUCAAACAUGUGGCCAUGCGUGUAUUUUGGGGUGACAUUACUGAUGGUGUGAGGGUCGAGGUUCUCAAUUCUGACACAAACCUCUCCACCAAAGUUUACUGGAUAGCAGAGAUCGUUAAGUUGGCAGGUUUUAAAGCACUUCUCCGAUAUGAGGGAUUCGAUAACGACUCGAGUCAUGACUUCUGGUGUAAUCUGUGCAUCCCAGAAAUCCAUCCUGUAGGAUGGUGUGCCUCGAAUGGUAAACCUUUGGUACCUCCUAAAUCAAUCCAGCAUAAGUGCUCUAACUGGAAAGGGUUUCUUGUCAAGCGACUCACUGGAGUGAAAACUCUGCCACUUGACUUUGCUAAAAGGGUACAUGAGAGCAUGCAAUACCCAUUUAAGAAGCUGAUGCGUGUGGAGGUGGUGGAUAAAACUCACCUGUGCAGGACACGUGUAGCUCUGGUCGAGCAGGUGAUCGGGGGUCGGCUGCGACUCGUCUAUGAAGAGAGCCAGGACGGCUCAGAUGACUUCUGGUGUCACAUGUACAGCCCACUCAUUCAUUCCAUCGGCUGGUCAAGGAGCAUCGGGCACCGCUUUAAAAGAUCUGAGGUGACAAAGAAAAUUGAGGGUCUGAUGGACGCCCCUUCCCAGUUAUUUCUAAGGGUGAAGGAUGUAGACCAGAGUGGCGAGUGGUUUAAAGAUGGCAUGAAGUUGGAAGCAAUAGACCCUCUCAAUCUCUCAGCUAUAUGUGUCGCUACUGUAAGAAAGGUGUUGGCAGAUGGGUACCUCAUGAUAGGGAUUGAUGGCUCAGAAGCAGCAGAUGGCUCCGAUUGGUUCUGCUACCACUCCACUUCUCCCUCCAUUUUCCCAGUGGGCUUCUGUGAAAUCAACAGCAUUGAGCUCACACCUCCGAGAGGGUACAACAAACUGCCAUUCAAAUGGUUUGACUACCUCAGAGAAUCAUGUUCAAUAGCAGCCCCUGUGAAGCUCUUUAACAAAGAGGUCCCAAAUCACGGCUUCCGCGAAGGCAUGAAGCUAGAGGCGGUGGACCUGAUGGAGCCACGUCUGGUGUGCGUAGCCACGAUAACCAGGAUCGUCCACAGACUCCUGCGCAUUCAUUUCGAUGGAUGGGAGGACGAGUAUGACCAGUGGGUGGACUGUGAGUCUCCAGACCUUUACCCUGUAGGCUGGUGUCAAGUCACUGGCUACCAGCUCCAGCCCCCUGCUGCACAAACCACAAGGGAAGCACCGCCUAAUGUGACGAAGCAGAAAAAGAAAGCUCCACAGUACAAAGGACAAAAGAAAAAGAGGAAGAUUCCAGUUGGGAGGAGGCCGCUCGGGUUUGGUGGGUCUCUGAGGAGGAGCAGUUUCUCAGGCGAUGAAGAGCAGACUCCGUCCCUUUACCUUCCCCACCCACCUGGUGUGGAGCGUGAUCGCUCACUCAACUCAGAGGCCACGCUGCAGAUAAAGGAGGAGACUCCAGAGGUGGACGAGUUCACCUUCUCCCAGGGCACAUCAGACCAAGAGAGCAACGGCUCGGGCAGUUACUACAUCAAACAGGAGCCGUGAGCGCCGGCCCUGCUGGAGCCUUACCUCACUGCCAACAGCACUGGAAGAUCCCGUUCAGAGCGACACACACACACACUUACACACACGCGGCCUGGGAGAACAGGGUGACCUUACUUCCUCUUGCACGCCAGGUCCUUUUCUUUUCAGGUAAGAAAAGCUGAUGAAGAGACGAUUCAGAAUUCAGAGUUCAGCCAGAGAAAGAAACAUGACGGGGAUUUUCUUGACUUUUUUUGUUCGAUCAGUUUGCCAGAUGGACUUUUCCUCAGUGAUCAUUGUACUUGAAGUUUUCGUAGCUGUUGUUUAUUUGUUUUUUUUUUUUUAUUUCCCUUAAUUUUUCUUCCUGUAACAUUUUCCGUAACUUUUUUUUUUUUUUUCUCUCUCUCCUCUCUCCUGUCCCAAGACCAUGUGUCUCAUGCGCUGAUUUAUUUCAAAAGCCCUUUUAUCUGGAUGGGUGUGGAUUUUGUAAGAGCAGUAAAAAUCUAUAUUGAUAAAGUAUAUCCAUAUAUAUAUAAAUAUAUGUAUAACCUUAACGAAAUAGUAGAGUAGUGGAGUAAGGGUUUAAUAUUCUAUUGGUCAGAAACCUUCCUGGUAAGAAGAGGUAUAGCCUAAUGGAAAACACUGUCACAUUUUGCACUACAGGGAUGUAAAAUUAAAUGUAUAUCAGCCUGUGAAAAUGUUGAAGUUACAGCUUUAUUGUAUUAAAACGACAAGCAAAUGUACAAUAUGUAUAGGGGCUGACCCGGCGAUCCAUUCAGCGAGGGGAUAUUUGCUCUGAUCAGCAUUACGAUAUGCAAGAACAUUUCUUUGAUAUGAAGCCAGUGUUGAUUUAUCUCUUGAUCUCAUACGUGGAGCCAUUUUUCUAUACUGGUUUUAAGUAUUUUAUGAGCCACAGAAUAAAGAAAAGAAGAACAUGAUCUUUACUAGCCACUCAACACUACUUUUUGCCAUGAUCUUAACCUCUCGCACAGCAGAGACGUUUUUUUCUGUAUCGCCGAGCCGCGAGAUCCGAGUUCGUCCCUGAACCGCCACGACAGUUUACCAGCCUCUCCGCUUUUUGUACCGAACCAAUGAGUGAUUACGCCUAUAUCCUGAGAGCAAUCGUCGAUCCCACAUGUUCGAUAUCCGAACGUUCAUUCCAAGAGUAAAAGAUUUUUUUUUUUUUUUAUACUACCUCUCUUAUAAGAAAAAGUAAACAGUGCGAAAUCUACGUCGGCUAAAAAAAAAAAAAAAAACCAACAAAAA